AUGCAGGCAGGCGUGGUGACUAGCAUUCCUUACGAUACAGUCCCCGCAGACAAGGCUCCUUUGAAGGUGGAUCACGUGGAGCGACCCAGUAGUCGGCGGGAACCGCUGCCGCAUCAUCUGAACAAAGGAGGAGGCGAGUACUAUCAAUCUCCCAUGGUCGAUGGACAGCCACCAGCACCAAGACCGCCUGCGCAUGGCACCACUGUACGGACAGGAACGUCGAGAUCGUUCGAGAGCGAUGCGAUUACACUGAAUGGACACUACGCGCCGAGCAGAGGGAGUAGUGAUCACGGCAGUAUUCGCAGCAACUCCUCGCAUGAGCGGAGAGGGUACGCGACGAGUGCCAGUCAGGCUUCUUUCCCGAACUUGGACAGUGCUGCUCACUUCGCUCAUUUAAGUCCGGCUCCAACGCGAGACCGAUCGCAAAAUUUUCUGACCGUCAACCACAGCUCUGCCGCUUCCAGCGCACUGUCUUUCUCGCCCGACGUCUUUUCUACUCAACGACCGCCUGACGAUGUCGUGGAGAGGGAGUUCCUAGAGCUCAUGCUGAAGCGUGGUUGGAAGUCUUUACCGGAACAAGCACGACGGCAGAUGGAGGCUUAUCCAAUUAGCAAGAAAUGGACGUUGGUCCAUCAGGACCGAUUGUCAGAAUGGCAAGGCGAGCAGAAGAGGCGGCAGAACGCUCGCAACACGAUUACAAGUCUUACGGAAGGCAUGGGCGGGUAUGCUGGGAUUGUCGAUAGAGCAGGCGAGGAGGGCAGCCCUGAGUGGUUCGUCAAGAAGGUGUUGGACAACACCAUCACGGCGAAACAACUGCAGAGUCUGAGCGUGAGCUUACGAACGCAGCCAAUCGUAUGGGUAAAGCAGUUCGUUGAGGCACAAGGGCCGGUGGCGUUGACGAACACGCUGGCAAAGAUCAACAAGCGGCAGCAGUCCGGCCCUGCACCAGCGACAGGCUCGACGAACGAGCGUGACCUCGAUCGGGAGUACGACAUCGUGAAAUGUCUGAAGGCGUUAAUGAAUAACAAAUACGGGGCGGACGAUGCACUGCAGCAUGACACUAUCAUCAUGGCGCUUUGCGCGUCACUCACCUCACCUCGUCUCAACACCCGAAAGCUCGUUUCGGAGCUGCUGACUUUCCUGUGCCAUUGGGCAGAAGGCAGAGGGCACCUGAAGGUUAUCGAGGCGCUGGACCACCUCAAAGCACAGCAGGGUGAGAACGGCCGCUUCGAUGCCUGGAUGCGGAUCGUCGAGGUUACAAUUGACGGGCGAGGCAAGAUGGGUUCGCUCGUUGGCGCCUCGGAUGAGGUCCGCUCUGGUGGCAUUGGCAUGGAGAACCUGCUCAUGGAAUACGCUGUUACUUCUCUAUUCCUGAUCAACAGUAUGGUGGACGCGCCGGAGAGGGACCUCAAGCUGCGCGUGCACUUACGAGCGCAGUUUGUCGGCUGCGGUCUGCGCCGUAUCUUGAACAAAAUGGAGGAGUUCCAAUACGACGUUAUUGACAAACAGAUCGAACGGUACCGGACUAACGAGGCGAUCGACUACGAGGAUCUAUUGGAGAAGGAAGGUGCUUCCAUUGCAGAGUCAGUAGAAGGUGAGACCAAAGACUUGAACGACCCUGUGCAGGUCGUGGAAGCGAUUCAACAAAAGCUGGGCGGGACUAGAGCAGCGGACUACUUCCUCAGCUCCCUUCAACACUUGUUGCUGAUGCGCGAUAACGAGGGCGAUGACCGUCUGCGGACGUUCCAGCUCGUGGAGAGCAUGCUUUCGUAUGUUGCCAUGGAUCGAAGGCUACCGGACAUGGAGCUCAAGCAGAGCCUGAACUUCACCGUGCAGAACUUGAUGGACCGACUGUACACCGAUGGUGAGGCACGACAAGCAAGAGAUGAAGCGCACGAGGCUCGGUUGAUCGCCGACGCAGCCAUUGCUGAGCGCGAUGAGAUGAAGUCGCAAGUCGACCUUGGCUCGGAAGGGCUAGUGGCGAAGCUCAAGCGAGACAAAGCUGAGUUGGAAGCCCUGCUCGACCUUCAAAACCGCCAAGCGGAAGCGUUUAAGGCCGAGCUUGCAGAGCUGCAGCGCCUUCGAGCGCAGGACCUCCAGCGGCAUGAGCUUGAAACGCGAGAGAUGUAUCUAAUGCUGCGGGAUGCCCAGGACAUUGCAGCCUCCAAUGCGCAGAAGGGCGGCAAGAACGGCGAAGCGGUAGCAACGGUCGAGCCGGCGCAGUUGCAGGGCAUCUUGGAUCGAGAGAAGCUUAUGGAUCGACUCGAAAUGCAGAUCGAGCGCGCAAAGACGCAGGCGAAGCUGGAGGGUAAGGUAUGGCAGCAGUUCAACCCAAGCGACAAGCUGCGAGAACUGCGCGAGAAAAUGGAGGGGGCGGGCAUGCAAGCAGAUAGCUUGGAGGCGCAAAUGCCAUAUCUUGGGACGGCGUCGAGAGGGCGGAGCGGCAUUCAGAGAAAGCCGGUGGCGAGGCGGCUGGUUGACGAGCAUAUGGAGAGGAGCGAAACGCCGGAGAGUGAGGAAGUUAUGAGCGAGGGGGAGGAAGCGAUGGUGUUUGAACGGCCGCGACUGGUGGAGAUGAAGAGACCGAAGAUGCCGUCGACGGUCGCUGCGGCGCAACAAAAUAUGCUGGCCGAGCUUACGAGCAAGACACAGCGAUUGGACGGUAGUGAUGAUGAAGGCGAUGGAAUAACAACCGGACCGAGCCAUCCCAGCCUUGAGUCUGAGAGUCCGAAGACACCAAGCGAUGCCGAAGCGCCCAAGGACAAGUUCCAUGGCCCUCCCGCUCCGCCUGCCCCUCCGCUCCCCGGAUUCGAUAGUGGCGAGUCUGCGCCUGUGGGAGGCAUAUUUGGCUUCUCCGGAGCUGCUCCUCCACCACCGCCGCCGUUGCCACCUUCUGGCUUCUCAACAAACGCUCCUCCGCCUCCGCCUAUGCCGGGCUUCCAAAUCGGAGGACCACCACCACCACCUAUGCCCGGUUUUUCUGGCGCACCGCCGCCUCCUCCGCCACCGCCUUUGCCUGGCAUGGGCGCACCGCCAGCUCCGCCAAUACCUGGAGCACCACCGUUACCAGGUGCGAAGAAGGGCGGCUUCCUGCCACAAGCGAUCUAUACUGGGAUGAAUGGCUCCAUCGGUCCUGUUGCGCCCCGGCCGAAGAAGAAGCUCAAAGCUCUGCAUUGGGAAAAGAUUGAUUCCACGGAGUAUACUAUGUGGUCCGCGCAUACUCCAACGAACGAGCAGAAGGAGGAGAAGUAUCAAGAGCUGUCUAAGAAGGGCGUUCUCGACGAGAUCGAGAAGCUGUUUCUUGCCAAGGAGAUCAAGCAGAUUGGCAAGUCUGGCGGAAAGUCCCGGAGUGACAAGAAGCAAGUUAUCUCUCGUGAACUCAUGCAAGCUAUGCAGAUUUCGUUAGCGAAAUUCAAAGACCGGGAGGCGGAAGAUGUUGUCAAGAUGAUCGUCCACUGCGAUCGAGAAGUGCUUGACAACCCGACGGUAAUGGAUUUCUUGCAAAAUGAGCAUCUUUGCACGAUUCCGGAAAAUGUUGCCAAGCUGCUAGCUCCGUAUAGCAGGGACUGGACUGGUCCGGAUGCGCUCCAGACACCGCGUGAGCAGGAUCCUGCCGAGCUCACGCGCGAGGACAAAAUCUACUUGUAUACGGCGUACGAACUGCACCAUUACUGGAAAGCACGUAUGCGGGCUUUACACCUAACAAAGAGCUAUGAGGCAGAGUACGACGAGAUCUCGGCGAAGCUGAAGCAGAUCGUUGAUGUCUCAGAGAGUUUGCGCGACUCUGUCAAGCUGAUGCCAGUAUUUGGUCUGAUUCUGGACAUUGGUAACUACAUGAACGACACAAACAAGCAAGCCUUUGGCUUCAAGCUCUCUUCGCUGGCACGGCUUGGCAUGGUCAAAGACAGCAACAACGAGUCAACGCUCAUGGACUACAUCGAGCGCCUGGUCCGGAAGCAGUACCCGCAAUACGAAGGCUUCACCGAUGACAUCGCGGGCGUACUGACCGUGCAGAAAGUCAACAUUGAGCAAUUGCAAAAUGAUGCCAAAAGGUACAUCGAUAACAUUAACAACGUUCAGCAGAGUCUCGACGCGGGCAACUUGAGCGAUCCAAAGCGCUUCCAUCCCGAAGACCGAGUCAGCCAGGUAGUGCAGCGCAGUAUGAAGGAAGCACGGCGGAAGGCCGAGCAGAUGCAAGUGUACUUGGAUGAGAUGAAGCGUGUGUACGACGAGAUCUUGACGUUCUUUGGCGAUGACAACAAGGAUGAGAAUGCGCGUCGCGAGUUCUUUGCUAAGCUGGCAAACUUCGUGCAGGAGUAUAAGAGUUCCAACAAGAGAAACCUUGUUAUGGAAGAAGCGUGGCGGAGAAACGAGGACAACAUGCGCCGUAAGCAGCAAGUGGUUGCGCAAAAUGCAGGCACGGCUACUGCCGCGGCAGAAGGGUCGGAUGCUCCGCCUUCGCCGGCGGGCUAUGGGGACGUUGAUGAUCUCAUGAAGAAGCUUCGAGCUGCUGCUCCGGAGAAGAAUGUGCGAGAGCGCAGGCGUCGGGCAUACCUGAAAGAUCGCCAUCAAGUACGUGUUGCAUCUGGGCAGAAGAUUCCGGAGACGGGAGAAAACAUGGAGAGCGGACUGCUCAGCCCUACCAUAACGGAAGAGGGAGGUGAAGCCGCACCUGCGGAGGGCGCAGUAUCCGAGGGCGAAGACAUUGCCGAUCGUGCUGCUUCGCUCCUGCAAGGGCUACGCGGAGAUGGUGAAGGUGCAAGCGAGGCAUUGGUUAGAGAUGACAGUCUGCGGAUACGCAGGCGAAGGGAGAGCGCGAACGAUGAACGUGCCCAGCGAAGAGCGAGGCGGCGGGGAGCUGGUACCAGCACGGAUACGGCGACGCAGAGUAUGAUCGUUGAGGAAGCGGAGACUACUGAUGCGACUGCGGAGGAGAGGCGUGACGGUGCGCCCAGACAUCUGCCUUCGCCACCAGUGCCAGAGACGGUGGUGGUUCCACCAUCACCGACGACUUCGGAGAGGGGCAGCAAUGUCGGUGCUGGCUUUUGA